GUACAUGGUCCGGAGCAGUAUCAAACAAGCAUAUAAUAGUAUAUAAUUUUACAAUCUUACAUUUUUCUCAUCAAAACCAGUUCCAUAUCCUCUGCCCACGAACCAGGCUUUUUCUUCUGUCUUCACUUGUUGAUUGUGCUUACUUUGCUUCCUUUGCAAGCAAAACUAUUGUCUAUAUGGAGGCAGAUCAUGAAAAUUAUCAGACCAACGAUGUUGAAAGUGACGGUGAUGCUUGUGGUGAUGAAUGUGACCAUGGUAGUGAUCAGGGUGAUUCUCAUGGAUGCUCUUCGGAUGGUGAAAGAAGCGUUAAUGAUGAUGAUGAUGAUGAUUUUGAUUUUGAGCAAAGAAAUGCUAGCCAAUUUCUUGGACUUUUGACAUGCACUAGAAAUGUGUUGCCUCUAGAGGGGAUGUUCAUGAAUAUGUUGCAGAUCAGUGAUCCAGUAUUUAAGAGAGUGAGUUUUGAUUCUGUACAAGAUGACUGCUUGAAACUUUACAAGGAAAUGAAAGAGUAUACUGAACAAGUAUUGAGAAAAUUUGAUGGGCAGAUUUGCCUCUCAGUAGAUAUACUGAGAUGUCGAAAGGGUUAUGAGUACAUGUGCCUAAAAGCCCAUUUUAUUGCUGAAGAUUGGAAUUUGAGGAAUUGGGUUCUCAAUUUUCGCCGUAUAAAUGCAUCGUGGGGGGAUGAUUGCCUUGUUGGAGCUAUUUUGAAGGCUCUAAAAGGCUGGGACAUUGGGAACAAGAUAGCCAAUAUUACAUUUCUAAAUUAUGAAGGGAUUGAUGAGGUCAAAGAUUAUGUCCAAGAGACGAAGAAGCUCCAAUUUAAUGGUCAGCUAUUUCGUCUGUAUUGCUGUGCUGAUAUUUUCAAACGUAUGGUGCAGGCUGCAUUUGGAGCAAUAGCAGGGACAAUUUCCACAAUUGAUGACCUAAUGUACUUUGGGAAACCAUCGUAUCUGUGGGAUACUACAUAUGACAGGCUAAAGACAGCUUUUGAGGAGAAAGAAGAAUUUGGCAAAGAAGAGUAUAACGACUGGGACAAGCCAUCUGCCGAUGAGUGGAAGAAAGUUGACGGAAUUUGUAAACUCUUAGAGAGCUUAUAUAAUGCAGCAAAAGCUCUUUUUGAAACAAAAGAUGCAACAGCAAACAUCUAUCUCCAGAAUCUUCGAGAGGUAAAGGCAACUUUGACCAAGGAAGCUAAUUCAUCAGACAGUUUUAUUAGAGCUGUGGCUGCAGAAAUGCAUAAGAAGUUUGAGAAGUAUUGGAAGAAUAUGUUCUUGGUGUUGGCAAUUGCUACAGUGAUGGAUCCUCGGUGUAAGAUUACGUACUUUGAGUUCUCAUCCUCAAAAUAUGGUGUUGAUGAUGACACCGCCGAAGUUUCUACUGUUGUUAUGGCCAUUCGCAGUCUUUAUGAUGAUUAUAGUAUCCAAUUUCCUGAGACUGAGAAUCCUGUGAGUAAUCCUUCUUCUGAUUCAGGAGGUGAAUCCUCCAGGCAAGUUAAGCGAGAGCGUCUUAGUUCUGAUGAUGGUUCUAACCAGUUACAAGAUUACCAGCAGUUCAUUGAAUCUACUAGUCAACCUCUGAAGUCAGAACUAGAUAUGUAUUUGGAAGAACCUGUCUUGCCUUGGACCCAGGAUUUUAACAUAUUGAGUUGGUGGAGAGCUGCAAGCCCAAGGUAUCCUAUCCUUUCCAGGAUUGCUCGUGAUUAUUUGCCAGUUCCCAUUUCUGUUGCUACUUCCAUGGAUGCAUUUUUUACCAUUGAAAGAGAAAUUAGUCCACGUUAUGCUUCCUUAAGACCAGACUUGAUGAAUGCCAUAAUGUGUACUCGGAGUUGGUUCCCCGAUGAAUUCAAAUCCAUAAUCGCCUCUGCACUGGGAUAUGAGGAAAUGCUGGAAGACAUGGAAUUUGUAGAAGAUUUAUAUUUGUAGAAUUAGAACGAACGAAUUUUGUUGGUUCUUGUGGCUCACACUUUUUGUGUUAGACAUCAUCUCUCUUUUUUGUUGAAGGGUUAGACUUCCUAUCUCUAGUUACUUCAGUAAAUGCAUGUUAUCCUACUGAAGGAGAGAUUGGUCGAUCCUUGGCUUCCUCAGUAAAGAAUGCCUCAGUGUGCAGUCCAUAGUUGUGUCCUGCUAGUGUUAAGUCAGCUAUUUGUUCUCUUCUAAGUGAUUCAGAAUGAUUUGGUCGAGCAACUGUAAUAGGCUGAAGAUUUAUGAUACUAAUCAUGCAUUUUAAAGAGUUCUUUUGACAUCUA